UUUACUUCUAGCCUCCACAACAAAUUCCCUUUUAAAUUAAACUUCUUGCCGUUUAACUUUUUAUCUUGAUUCCCUGCUUUAUUGUGAUACUUAAAUUGUCCCCUUAAAUUUAUUAUUUCCCUUACACAACUUAAUAUUCUUCAAUCGCUUCUUUUCUCCAUACUUUAAGAGUUUCUUUUAACUUAAAUAUUCUAAAAAUAUAUUCAAUAAAUUCAAUUUACUUAUUUAAAAAUUAUUUUAGAUGAGAACUAUUACUUUUACAAACGAUUGGACUGUUCACAGUCCUAAGAAAAUUCUCGAAUCUUUUCCUCCCUCUGGCAAAAUUACGUUAAUAAUUGAAUGGGAGUUAUGUUUGUAUUUAGCUAGAUAUGAUGUUAACGUUUGGAUUAGACAAAUUGGGCCAAUAUGUUUGAAUUCUCUCGUGAAUAUUAAAUAUAAAAUUUUUGCAAAGAAGGAUUUUAUACGAGUAGAUAUUGCAAAAUCUGCUACCUACAAGUUAGAAAAUCAAAAACGUUUGGGACAGACUUCAAUUAAAUUGGAUAAAGUAGUUGGUUCUGAUGGGCAUCUGAAGCUUUUUUGUGAAAUUGAAAUGGACUGUUAUAAUUUAAAUAAUAAUUUGCCCUAUACAAAUAUAGACAUGUUAAAUGAGGAAAUAUUGACUGAUUUUGUUAUUAAAGUUGAUGAUGAAGUUAUAAAGACACAUAAAUGUAUUUUGGCAAAAAAUAGUAAAGUGUUUCACAGAAUGUUUGAACAGAACGGCAUGACUGAAGCACAAAAUGCAAGUUUCUAUUAG